CGAGCAGCAAAGCAGGAAGUGUUCGUGGAAACAACCGAAAGCGCACUUAAACUCACUAAAAUGACAGCGAUGGAGCAUUUGUUUCACGGGAUACAUCGUUUACUGAGACCGUGGGUGGUCUGUGUGUCUCUUUUCACAUUUCAUGGACUCGCCGGUAAAAUGAAGAUAGUAGAGGAGCCAAACACAUUUGGGUUGAACAAUCCUUUUCUGACUCAGGGAAGCAGACUACAGCCUAAAGUGACCCCUUCUCCAGUCUCAGGCCCUGCACACUUUCAUCGGCUUGCUGGGAAGUGCUUCAGUCUCACAGAGUCAACGUAUAAAUAUGAAUUAUGUCCCUUUCACAACAUCACCCAACACGAACAGUCAUUUAGAUGGAAUGCCUACAGUGGGAUACUUGGGAUCUGGCAGGAGUGGGAAAUAGAAAACAACACGUUCACAGGCAUGUGGAUGAGAGACGGGGACGCGUGUGGAAUGAGGACCAGGGAAACAAAGGUGAUCUUCGUCUGCAGUCCAAGCAGCAAGCUCGCUCAAGUCUCAGAGCCCAGUACUUGUGUGUACUGGAUCACCUUUGAGACCCCACUUGUUUGCCAUCCACAUUCCCUUUUAGUGUAUCCAACACUGAGUGAGAAGCUCCAAAGGGAAUGGGAUGAAGCUGAGCAGGCUCGCUAUGAAGAUCUCAUCACUGAGCAGGGAUACAACAAUCUUCUGAAGGAUAUUUUUGAGGACGCCGGCCUCCUGAAGAGCCGAAAAGUUAAGGAAAAGCAACCAGAAGUUGCAGCCGAUUCAGAAACACACAACUCUCUACAGAAGUGUAAAGAGGAUUUCCAAAAGCAGAGAGAAGAGAUUGAGCGACUUCAUGCUCUCCUCAAUCGACACAACAUUCCCUUCGAUUCAAAGCAAAAUGAUGCAAAAGGACCAGUGGUUACUACAGCUAAGGAUGAUCAACACCUACGGGGAGAUCACGGAAUAGUCGAUCUGCUGUGAGAAAUCUCAGAGGAAGUGAACUCUCCCAAAAGCACAUCGGCUGAAAGCCUUUGUUGAACAACAUGAGCGACCCAAACACUCGCUGGACAAUAUUGAAAAGUAACUGCAUUCAUUACAGGUUCAUUUGAAUGCAUCACAAUGAAGAAUAUAAAUG